AUGGAUUCAGAAAACAUUGAAUCCAAAUUAAAUAAUUGUGCCAACAAAAAACAAUGCUUAAUGGCAAUCUUAACAAGCGUAUUAGAGAAAUUAUACAAAUAUCAAGAUGAAGAUGAAAUUAUAGAAGAAGAACAAGCAGCAACUGGAUCAAACUCAACAAAAUCCCCUCCAGCAACAGAUUUCACAGAAAAGUCUUUAAAUAAACUGUACAGUCAGCUAAUUGAAAUAUUAUCUUAUGCAGUGAAGCAACAAUAUUAUGUCAAUAUCAAGGAAAGGGAUAUGUCUUUCAUGACCCGACAAAUUCAAUUACAAUUCAGCCAAACUUUAACUACGUUGCUAACCAGUUUAUAUAAAUAUUCGCCUGGGAAAGUUUACGAUUCUUCUAUGCUUUUUUCCAAUAUUUUUUGUGAAGAAAAAUUGCCUGAUAUUGAGUUGGAUUCAAACAAAAAGAAGAUCUCAAAGAUAAAAAAAAAUUAUCAAUAUACAGAGUUAAAACAUUUGUGUGCAGUCUCAUUGAUAUCGAUAAUUGAAUGCUAUGGGGAAGAAUUAUCUUCUCUAAUACCCUUGAUUUUAAAUGGUAUAUUUAAAAACUUGAAAAAAAUGGAUGAAAAAAUUAAAUAUUUUCAUUGUCCUUAUGCUAUUGAUCUAAUGAAAUUACUAAGGGCUAUUAUUCACAAUUGUGACUCUAAUUUUAUUAAACCAGAUUUUAUAAGAAGCUUCCACAAGAUUUAUAAGGAUUGUUUGGUUGGUGUUAACACCGAUCGUUAUCCAAUUGAAUUUGUUUCCACUGCAAUAGACUUGGCACAUAUAGUUCAUUAUGGGCAUACUGCAAAACAUGGACAUUUAGUGGAGGAAUUAUUCGUUGAUUUGAUGACUGAUAUUGAUGUCGGCUUCAAGACUUGUGCCGAAACAAGAUUGAAGACUGCUAAAAUGGUAUCAUAUGUAUUAUUUCAUUAUAAAAAUAUUGGUAGUCUAAGAGUCACCGAGGUUUUGGCUUUUUACUCUAAAUAUUUCACCAAUUUUAGCUCCAGAGAAAUUAAAAUCGGGUGUAUCGAGUCAAUAGUUCAAUUUUUUAUGCUAAAUUUAGUUGCAGAUCCCAAUUUUUUGAAAGAGGUAAACUAUUUAAAGUACUUGAAUUUUUUGAAUACAAGUGUUUUUGGCCAUUUAAAUAUAUCAACACAAAAACUAGAUUUAACUAGCAGAUACUUGGAUUAUUUUGAUCAUUUAAAUUCCUUGAUACUUCCGUACAUUUCUGAAUCAUCCAAAAAGCUAAUCAUUGCUCAAAUUUUUGAAAAAAAACUACUGAAGGAUACCGCCGAAAAUCUAAAUCAAACAUUAGUAUAUUUAGGUUUCACCAAAAGAUUGCUUAAAGAUCUAUCCACAUCCUUUAGUAAUGACGAUCAAUUUAUUGUUUUAUUCAGACAACAACUUUUAAAGUUGUGCAAAUCUAAAAAUUUCCAAAUUAGAAUUGAAAGUAAUGUUCUUUUAAAGGAAUUCCUCAGGAUUUUUCCGGAUUUAUUGACCGAGGUUUUGGAAUCCUCAUUAACUGUACUUGAUUCCAAUUUUUCAGCUGUAGAUAACUUUGAUUUUGCAACAAAUCAUGGUUAUUCCAUGCUCAUUGCUAACUUUAUGGAAAUAGCUGAUAAAGAUUAUGUUUCAAGUGAUUUGGUUAUGAAAAUCACUUUGUUUGCAACCUCUUAUUUAAAAAAGGGCACCCUGUCAAUUGGUACAACCAGUUAUUAUAAAGAACUAAUUACGUGGAUCAUUUUAACUGGAUUAAUGAAUUAUAAGGAUAAAAACUUUUUGAAAAUGCAAAAAUCGCAAUUAUUUUUGUUUUGGAAAAAUGUACUAACUAAUUCGACUACGUAUAAUAACGAAGAUGAGCUAUACAAAAUUCUAGAAAUCAGGAAUCAUGCAUUGACAUGUUUAUUGGCUUAUUUGAAUAACGAAGAUUUGGUGGAUAAAGAAACUGCAAGGGAGGUUUCUCAAUUAUUAAGUAAAUGUUCCUCCUUUAACAACCAAUUGACAAUCAAAUCCAAAACAAUUGACAACGCUUUGUUGUACAAUGAACACAGAAUAUUGCAAGUUUACUUAAAAAUCAAAAAUUAUGUUAAACAUGACUUCAAUAGUGUCAUUUUGAUUUUAAUUUUAAAGAAUUUUUCAGACCCAAAUUUAUACAAAGAAAUGACAUCUUCGGUCUUGGAGUCUAUUAAGGCAUUAAAUGAAAAAAAAAAGAGGAAUGCAAAUGUAGAAGAAGCAAACUUACCUACUUUAACAAAAUUGUUGAGGUCAGAUGAUGGUUUUGCUUAUGGUCUAACAAGUUUGGUUUCCGGAAAUAAUGUUGGUAGAUUAUGUCAAAUUUCCAACGCAAAAGAAAGAAACGUUGAGGCAAUUAAGGUUGUAAAUUGGAUAAACAAUGAAUCUAAUUGGUACUAUCAAUUUGAAGAUGAUUUAUUAAGACCUUCUCCCAAUGUUUUAUCCUACGAUUAUCUUAUUUUGUUAUACAAUGGUUCAAGUCCCUACAGUUCUUUUGAAAAAUACUCUCCCAAGAUCACCACGUCUUUAAUUAAUUACUCAAUGGAUAUUUUUUCUGAAAUUUUGCCAUUUUUAAAUGAUAAAAUUCAGUUUUCUGUUUUAGAAAGUUUAAAUUCGUUUAUGGUUUCCAAAAACUCUACUCCUGAAAGGUUAAUGGCUAUUGCAUUAAACACUUGCAUUGCUUUGAAUAAUGCUUUAUUAAUAGCAUAUAAACAUAACAUUGGAUUAGAUUCUCUUGUUGGGAGACUUUUAUUGGAAAUGAUAAAAACGAUGGAUAUCAGGGAUAACGAAUUGUUGAUUAAAAUUAAUGCUGAUUCUGUUGGUUUAUUGUCAGCCCUAGUUGAUAAGAAGGCUAAAGAAAAGAACAAUGCGUUUGGUUUGGAAAAUAUUAAUAUUUGUAUAAAAAACAUUGUUGACAAUGAGGAUUGUUUUUUUAGAGUUUUUAACGGGUUAUCGUUGGCAUCCAUUUACAAGUAUAAUCCGCAGUUUUACUUUUUCAAUUCAAUAGUUGAAAUUCUAAAGCAGCUAUCUUCUGAUCCACAUCCAGUUGUUCAUACAUGGUCCCUAGAUGCUUUAGCGUUGUUAUUAACUAACCACACAGUGGUCGAUGCCACUGUAUUGUCGGAUAUUGCGAUUCAUUUGGAAACAUUACUGUUGGAUGAUAAGUAUGGUAGUUACACAGAUACAACCUGGAAAUGUGACUACUAUCUAAAGUACAAUUCCAAUUUAACUAUUUUAUAUACUACUAAAGUGUUGUCAGACAUAGCAGGACCUGGUAUUUUGGAUUUAAGUAGAGCUGGGUUGACUUCUUUUAAGAAUUGUACUUAUGCCUCGUUGAAUGAUUUUAAUGUUUAUAAAAAGCUAAUUUCGUUGGAUAUUUUCAAGAACAUGUUCACCUUCAAGAUGGAUGGUGUUUUCCCAUUGUCGAUGAUUUCCAAAUUGGCAAAAUGGUUAUUAAAUUCUUCCGUUUUUAUCGGUUGUGGAACAAACGAAACUAGCAAUUUUAUGAUUGACUCAACAAAGCAAUUUUUCCCGAUUACAACAUGUACAAUUGUGAUUGGUUGUAUUUACGAUUUUUACGAGCAAUUAAUUAGAUUAGAUAAGUUUAGUUUGAUGUUUAAAGAAGUUGAAUAUAUGACUUGGGUUUUAUUAUCAUGGAAACCAAACAAUGAAAGUGUUUUAGUUGUGGUAAAUGAUUGGAUUUCAAGAACAUAUGAGAACGAUUUAUCUUGGUUUGAGAAAUUAUAUCAACUAAUAAAUACAUCUGAAAACAAAAUUUUGUCACGAUUAUAUAGAAGAUAUGACAAAUUAUUAAAAGACAAAAAUAUCAAAAUCAUUGUUGAAAGAGACACAAAAGUGGAAGAAGAAAAAUCUAUAUCUGAAGGACAGAAUCAUGAAAAUAGGGUAGACAUUAAAGCAGUUGAGGAUAAUGAUGGUAAUAAUAAUGGUAAUAAUAUUAAUGGUAAUAAUAUUAAUAGUAAUAAUAAUAGUAAUAAUGGUAAUAAUAAUAGUAAUAACAGUAUAGCUAUUAAUGCAUCUGACAAUGAUACUUCUAAAGAUUUUAUUGGCUGGAGAUUCAAAUACAAGCUUUUAAUUCUGUUAAAUAACUUGGUACAUUUUUCCCAGGAUUCAUCAAGAUAUCAUCUAUUUUUAUUUUCAAGGUUGGAUAAAGUUGUGCAAAUAGCCUUUUUGGCAUCUGCAAUGAAUGUUACGGAGGUUAGAGAGUUGGGCAUAGAUAUUUUAGGUUUUAUUUUGAGCGAAUUCAAAAAGGAAAAGGACGAGAGCAAUCCGCAUAUAUCAUGUCUUUUACAACACCAGGCCCAAAUUACAAGUGCGAUAAUGCCGGCUUUUAGUAGAAAUACACCAAUAAGUGUAAUUAUGCCAGCAUUGGAGGUUCUAUCCCAGUUUAUUUACUCUGAGGUUGCUCCAUUACCCAGCUUAGAAAAAUUGACGAAUGUUUUGGUUAAUUGCUUGGUUGAAUUAUCUCUUAAAUCCAAUGAUUCUAUUAAAAUUGUUGACGUCAGUGUUAAAACAGAAUCUUCCAGAAAAAAAUUAAGACUAGUUAUUUUGGAUGCAUGGGCACAACUAAAAAUAAAUGGCAAUGAAGAAGUUCAAAAAUUUGUUGAUCAAUAUUUGUCUGGGUUGAUUCCGUUAUGGAUUAUAGCUCUUCGUGAGUAUGCUAUGGAAAAAUACAGUUUUGUUUCAGAAAAAAACAGCUAUAUGAUUACUCUUCCAGACACCUGGUUAAAUUUAGUUGAUGCAAUUGGAUGUGUGGCUGAAAAUAAUUAUGAUCUGUUGUGUAGUUGCUUAAGCAUGUCAGAUCUUCAAAGUUUCAUGUUUGUUUUGUAUGCGGAAUGCAUGGAAUCCUUAAUGAAAAAUUUUGAAAAUCCCUUAAAGAAGACUAAAGUGUUACAAGCAUUGCACAAAAUAUUACAAUGUCAUGUCCUAUCAGGUCCCUUUUUUGAAGACGAUAUCCAUCAUGAGUGUGUAAAUAUUUUGGAAAGGUUGGUUUUAACAGGUUCUAAAACUGAUAAAAUGCAAGUUGUUGAGAUUAUAACCGACUUGUCAAAAGCAUUUAUUGCCGAAUUUUCCGCAAGUGAGAGUGCAUUUUUGAGCGGGGUUGAUAAUUUAUACGAACUUUUCAGAAUUUUAUUUUUGAUCGUAUCCAAUAUCUUGCCCUUUAUCAAGGAGGAAAGCAAUUUGAAUUCCGAAAUCGAAUUGAACGAUUUUGACUUUGCAUUGACGAAGAAAAUUUUUGGAUUAUUAGCGGAUUUAUCAGCGAGCUUACCAGCUGAGUUUAGGCUGGAUUUAUUUUCAUGUUUAUUGUUUAUUGCCACAAAGAUCAUAGCAAACAGUACUGAAGCUUAUGAUUAUGUGGCUAUAGUUUUACCAAUGAUGAAAACCAUUUUCCAAAAAAAUGAAAACAAGGAUUUAGUGGGCAAUUUUUAUAAUGCAAUUAAGUUUAAUAUUUUUAAUGAUUUACCCUUGGAAAGUGGAGUGGUCACGUUUAUGAUAUUUGUUUCCAAUAAUUUUGCAGAGUUUACCGAGAAAGAUCUGGAUUGGUUUUGUAAUAAAGUAUUAAGUUUGCUAAACGAAAAUGAAGUGAUCGCAAUGCAAAUUAUCAAAUCUUUAAGUAAUAAUGAUUACUAUGCGGGUGAUCUGAUAUUAAAAAAUAUUAUUAACAAGGGAUUGUUGGAUAAUAAUGUAGCUGCAGACAUCACUGCAAGUACUCUUUGUGAAUUGAUGUAUAUUUUUGUCGAAUCACGUGCAAAGAUUAAUUUUGAUUCUGCAAUAUUAUUGGGCUUACUUUACUUUGAUAAGCUGUGCGAAACUCAUUCUGAGAUGGGUGCCAUAGUAAGGCCGUGGUUAACAAAAAUGGCUUCUUUGGAUAUAUCACGAUUUCAAGAGGUUGUCAAAAAUAAAUUGCCUCCAGAAGUACGGGAAAGAAUGAAACAGAUAAUUAAAGAUGGUAUAAGUAAGCCAGAUGAAGAUGAAAAGGACAAAAUUCAAUUAAAAUCGUUUACAUGA